AGCAGGUCUCAGGUUGGGACUAGCAUGAUGAGGUCGACUGAGUACGGCACUCUUGACGGCGGCAAGCCUCAAUCAGCAUCGCGCAGGUCGCCCCGAAUGAUCUCUCCGGUGGUUGGAGUUGUCAGUGCAUUGCUCCUCGUUGUUAGCGCCGUGCUUCUCUCUUCCUCCCACAGGGGACAGAGUCAGCUCCUGCAGCGCGGCGGGUACGCUCGAAGUGGUCUCAACUUCGCGUUGGCGCAUGGCACCAGGCAGCCCAGGACUUACGACAGCGCUUUCCGUGUUGCCCGUCCCCGUCAGGUCUUGGAGCAGACUGGUGACGCUGGAAAUAGCCAAGAGUUUGUCCAGUAUCUCAGCGAUCAAAGCGAUGAUAUCCUCGACGAGGACGAGGACUCCGACCUGGGACGCGCCAGGCAGGCGGUCAAGGACGCCAAGGAGCGAGUCAUCGAAGACGCGAAGCGCUUGCAUGAUAUCGGGGUUGCGAUCGAGGAGGAGGAGGCAAAGCAGAAUCCUUCUGCUGCCAAGUCACACAAGGUGCAGGCUCUGAAGAAGAGCAGCAGGAAGGUGAAGAGGUCCGGGAAGGACAAAGCGGACGAGAUCGACAUGAAGAUCAAGGUCGAGGUGGAUCCACAGGCCCGUCGUUCUCGCAAGUCGCGUGCAGGAGCUGAUCAAAGAAGGGGUCAACAAGCGGAGGACGCAAAGAAGCAGAAAGAGGAUGUGAUGGUGGCUCGUUUCCCUCUUCCUCCGUUUACAAGAUGAUUCACGAAUAAAAUCAUCACAACGGC